CGCCGACGCCGGUGUGGACGCAGAAUAAACGAGUCCCUCCGUUAGUACCAAGCAGAGAGACACAGAGCAGCAGCGUGAAUACCGAUAUUGCCUUGAAACAAGAAAAAAGAACCGACAGAAAAACAAAACAACUAUCACGCCAGUUUCUUCUUUUUUUACUGACGUUCAUUGUUGAACAUUCGAGCUCACCAAGAGUCAAAGUCAAGUGUGUUUCGUGCAUCUCCUGGGACUUUUGGGGGUGGGCAUUUCAGUUUUUUCGGUUCUAUUGAGGGGGGAAAGGGAAAAAAUUUGUAAUUCGAAUUCGCCAUUUUGGUUUUGAGUUAUUCAAGUGCCGAUUUUAAAAAAAAAAGGUCUUCCCAUCUCUCACAGCAGUGUGAAUUGAAUGUGACAGAUCGGUUUGAGUCUUUUAAAUCUUGAAAAAAGUCGUCAAGUCCGCAGAUUCGCUCGAGGGCAUUCGGUCACCGAAUCCUCUACGAGAGUUCGAAAGGACGGAGACGACGUACAGCAGGACUUGAGUGGAGUCGUUCAUGAUUUCAUGGAACCCACUCUACUAGCUAUACCUGCUCACUUGAAAAUCGACAAUCAGCUGUAUUUGCAAGUUUUGCGACGAAGUCAGUCGGAAGGGCCUCAUCAACGUGCCGGUGGUGCUGGUCCAGGAGGAGCGCAGGGAGGUGUAGCAGCUUGCGAACCGGGUCCCAUGGCCGCCUGGGUACACGGAAGACGACGACACGUCACCGAGCAGCAAAGACCCGAACAUUGGCUCGUUCCAGCUAGCGCCGCUGCAGUUGGAUCUUCAUCUGGUCUGGCCGCUGAGAACCGGGCAGGAGCUCCUCCCGGCUCCUUUUCCCAGCAGCAGCAGCAGCAAGAGCAGCAGCACAAUCAGAAACGGGUCGUCGUCGUGGCCGGCGAGACGACCGCCAACAACAAGAGGACCAUUAGCACUACCGGCUCUUCUGAAUACCAACUGCAAUUCGCCUGGCCACCUUCCGGCGUCAAGAACAUUAGUAACACGUCAUCAGCCUUUAGCAACAGCCGCAGGAUGCCGGAAUCUCUCGACAGCCUCUUGAACCACUCCCAAGAUGGAGAAAGGGAGGCAGCCGGUCUUUUGAGUAGCCGAAUCAACAAUGGAACUGGAACAACAACCCGCAGUCAGGAGAUGGUCUAUCACGCGGCCGAGGAACUUUUACUCAAUCACCAGCAGCAGCUGCAAAAUGAACUUUGCGAUGACCAGCCACGCAGACGGCGGUACAAGACCGAGUACAAGAAAAAGUUUCGGCCGUUUUCUCUGUACCAGUACGUUGAUGGCAAGUUCCAGAAAUCAUCGUCGGACAAGAUCCCGACGUCGUCGGCCGUCGACGGACCAGCGCGCCAGCAGCAGCAGCCGGGCGACAAGAUGGACAAGGAUACUUGGUACGGCGAAGUCCUUGAGCUCAGGAAGAAAGCGGGGGAAUAUAAAUACCGAGGAUUGGGCGGAGAAUUGAUGUCCGAUCACAUGGCCGACCUUUACGCCAAGCAAUUUGACGUUUGGGAGCAGGUGUCACGCAGAAGCUCUUUGUCCGCUCUCGCUCUGGCCGCUACAUCGCCUAGGCCAGGAUCGGAGAAAGUGGACAUGACUAGCGCAAUCAACAGCAAACGAGGAUCACCGGCCAAAACGGCGCCGCAACCAAACCAGUCUGCACGUCCGGGACACGCCCAGCCGUUGGUGCCGACAUCUCGCAACAAGGACAACAACAGUCGUAACAAGGGAAGUGAUUCGACUGAACGAGCUCGGCGUGACAUGAGUCAGCAUCGCUCCAUUUCUUCUGAAGGCAGUAAAUCGCGAUCCAAAUCUGCCAAACCGGCAAAAUCGCCGGCACAGCCAAGCGGAACCGGAAAUGUCACAUUGGCUAUUCGUCCUAGUUUGGGUGCUAUUUUCCAUCCAGUCAGCCGUCCUCCGGCUCGAUCGGCUUCACUCGGCCCGGAGCGCCGCAUGCCCAAAUCCGUUUCUUCCAGCACGACUGGAGGAAAUGUCGGAUCGUCGGCAACCAAGGCUUCGCCCGUCAAAGCCCGUCCAGCACACAAUGAAGACGGAAUGAAGGAUCCGGUUAAAGUGUCGAUGAAUAAUCACUUGGGCGACGAGGGCAAAGAAAACGUCAUCAUCAACGAACCGGCCAGCUCCUCGUUGCCCGUUAUCGAACAGGAGCCGUUACCGGCCUUGAUUAAGGCGCUUCCCGAACCGACGCGAGUCAAAUCGCCCGAACAGCUGGUGGUUCGCUCUCCCGAUCCAGUCAACUGGACGGUCCCGCUCGACACGGGCAAGACGUUCACGGUCACGCAAAACAUUCGAGGUGGCGAAACCAUCACAUCGCGCCCCCAUUCGGAAUUGAAAGUCUCCAUGACAGUCCGUCCGCCGGCACCCGUUGUGGCUGCUGCAGUCCAUUCGCCAAUGAUUCCAAUCGUCUCAUCAUCGGCAGCAGCUGUCACGAAACCGUCAGAGCAACAACAGGAUGAGCCUCAACUCAACUCGGGACCUGCUCCAGAUGACCCGGCCCCUUGCAACGAAACGGAAGAGGAGACGAGCAAAGUCGCGUCCCAAGAUGAAACGACUGACGAACAACAUCCGGUCGAGGAGAAUCCGGUGGAUCAAGAGAAAGCCGUCGCCGUUGCUGCUGAUGAGGAGACAAACCCUGAGGAAAUUUCAGCCGGAGAGAAAGAAGAAGAAGAAGAGAAGGAAGAAGUGGAUUGUAAAGUGGAAGAGUCCGUCGAGGCGGAGAUAAAAGCUCAAGAAGAAGAAGAAAAAGAAAUUGUCAAAGAAGAAGAAGAGGCUGAAGAAAAAUCGAUGGAUGAAAUCAAAGAGAUCCACCCGGCAGAUGAGCGACGGGACGAGAAAAGUAGUCCCGUGAGCGAUCCUCUUGGCGCAGCUAUUGUCCUUCAAGGCAAAGGGCCGUUGAAUGAGGACGUGCCAGCUGCCAUGGCUCCCGUUGAAUCUGUGACAAGUAUUGUGCCUGGAACUACCCUGAGACGCCUGGAGGAUCCGACGCCUUUCCUCUUCUCCCGGCCCGGCACACUGGGCAGUCUCAAUGCUGGACAACCCAUGGCCAGCAGCACUUCUCUCUCUGAUACAAAGCCCAAAGCGCCUCGUUACCGAGUCUUGGAAGACCCCGGAAUGAUGAGUGAUCCGGUGGUAGCAGCCCAUCCUAAAAUUCACGAAUUGCCGAAACCGUUCCAGCAUGAGCCCAGCUACGAACCAUCACAUCCUUUACAGAGCAGCAGCAGCGCCGCUCCGAUGAUGACUUCCUCAUCGCCUUAUAAAGGACGCGUUCUGGAAGCUCCAUCAUCUCCACCCAAAAGCUCCUCCUCCUCGGCGGCCGCAUUCACCUCAUCUCCCAGCACCGAUUCACUGACAUCCAGCCGGUCGCUGGCCUCUGACGUCCUGGAAAAGGCCCGCACUCGUUUCGAUCGAUUCUGGACUAAAAAAGAAAGCGACAAGUAAAAUGUAAACUAUGACGGAACGAGAAAUAGAAGAAAGAGGGGGGUCGGUAUAUUAUAUUUAAACGAAAAAAAGCCAAGCCGAAAUGAGCUGCAAUUCAACAACAUUUCUUCAAAACAAAUCGACUUAGAAAUUUCCUUUUCGACGUCCUCUUGUCGAUUAUCUUUUUCUUUCUUUACACACCAUACUAUAUUAUAACUUAACUUGAUCCAUUUAAACCCCCCAAAAAAGUAGGUUAUUUAUCAAAUUCAUACAAGAUUAAACUCGUUGGCAUUUUUGGGCCAGUUCCGGGAGGAACUGGAAACUCUCUCGAUUUAUCUUGGCUAUCCUUUUUAACCGGCUUCUACACAGCGCUUAUUUUAUUUCGUUUUUCAGGAAUCAGACAACAACAACAAAAAAAGAUUUUAAAUAUGUAACUGCCUAACUUUGGUUUUGAUGUUUUUCAACAUCUCUCAUACUGAAUGUGUUCUGAUACUAGUAGAUUGAUGGGAUCCUUCCUUCCACGCCCAGCGGGCGACUAAUUCUGAAAAACAAAACGUUAAAAAACAAAAAUUUAGGAUUGAUGGAAUCACGGGCUAUUUUUAACGGGCCACCCUACCGCUUGUCAUUUAUAUAUUGAACUUGGGCUGUGCUGUCCAGAAGACGAUCAAAGAAAGAUUUUUAAGGGCUCAAGAAUUUCAACGACAUGUUCGUCGGCCCGCCUUUGGCUGGAUAUGUGAUGGAGAGACUGGGGGGAAAAUUUCAAGGCGCAAAGAGAAGA